GGGGCUUAAAAUAGGAAGUACAGAAUGCAGUUACAGGCAGCUGCUUUCCUUGAAAGGGUGUGGUCUGCUUCUUUGAAACUGACAUUUCAGUGUAUAGCAGGUACAUAAAAAGUAUGGUACAUAUUAUAAAGACUUAAUUAUCAGGAAAAUCUUGUAGCCAUUUAUAGAUUCCUUUGUAGGGAAGUGGCUGGUUGCUGCAUCAGAAGAUUCUCAAUACUGCUGGGGAAGCUGAACAGUGAGGGUCAUCCAUCUGGUUUUAUCAUCUGCCUCACGAACGGCUCUGGAUGCAGAAGCUCCAGAAUAAGCCAAAGGAAAACGUUGGCAUGAAAACAUUUAUUUUGAAUAAAAACGUGUGUUCAAAGGACAGUAUGAAGAUGAAAGGAUUUUGCAUCUUUUUGCUAAAUCUGUCAUUGGUCUUCAGCGACCAAGCCAUUAAUGAAAGCGUUCCGAUGAAGAGCUUGAGAUGCCACAAUGACUACAACUCACUCGUAACCUGCACAUGGAAGGAACAUUCAGAGGCUCACGCCCUCCUUGGUUUGACUCUGUACCAGAGGAAUGUUAUUCAAAAGGUUAGACUGACAACUAAGAAAGUGCAGAUACACGAGACAGAAUACCUGCACCUGAUGGAAGCCAACGGUCUUGGGCGGUGCAUUGGAUAUAAUGAAGUUGCUUACAAGCGGGAGUGGGAGUCCUGGGAGAAGGCUGCUACACGCCGACUCUCCAACACCACUCAUUGCCAUCUUAGCCACCUCAUUCCAGGGAGUAGAUACGUUGCCCGUGUGCGAGCCAGAGCAGAGCAGGGCAGAGGCUUCUCCGGGCAGUACAGCGAGUGGAGCACAGAUGUGUCCUGGGAGACCCCUGAAGAUUUUAUUGCCACCUCUGUCAUCUUUGGCUUAUUCUUCAGGGCCACUCCAGCAUCAGCGGAAGAGGAGUGCUCUCCUGUGUAUGAGAAGGCUCUGCCCCAUGUCCCAUAUGUCGUGCAGAGCUGUGAGAUCCUCGUUAGCAAUAUCAGCAGUCAGAGCCAGUACCAAGUGUCUGUGCGGACCAAGACGGAAGAGAAACUGAUAGAAGCCUACAAGAACAUUAAGGUGCUUCCACCUGCAAAUGUGUUAGUGGAACGGAUAGAAAAGCAACAGUAUGAACUGAGGUGGAAAAAACAUACUUUACGGUAUGGUUUCAUAAUGCAGAAGUAUCAGGUCCAGUUCUGGGAGCACAACCAAUAUGAAAAGUUGAAGUCUUGGUGUUGUUGCAGGCAGAAGAAGCAGUGGGAGGAAAAUAUUCCAAAUCCCAGCAAGAGUCUGCUCAUCCAGAGCUACCUGCAUAAAGUUUCUCUAAGAAACAGGCAUGCAAGCAGCCAGAUGGAAGUCAACAAAUGCAGCCUUGCAGAGAACAUGGAUCAGCCUAGCUUCCUUCAAGUUGUGGACAGGCAGACGAAGAUUUUGGCAGAGUCCCCUGAAGCGCGGACUGAGAUGACAGAGGUUUCUUCUGCUGCAUUAGACCUACAGAACCCAUACCAGGCUUUAAAUGUUCCAGAGCAUGACGCGGUUGUCUGUCCAAGUCAGAUUCCUGGCCAUUCAUUUUCCGUUUCAAGGACAAACUGUGCUGAUGCAAAUAUAACUUCCCAGACAGCAGUCACUUGCUUUGCAUUCAAUGGCCCAUAUUUGUACAGCCCAGUGACAUCCUCUCAGUCUGAGAUGCAUCAGACACUGGAAGUGACCUCGAAUCCAAUGGAAAAACAGGAGAAAGCCAUGUCCCUGCAGUAUGUGACCCUUCCAGACAAAGACAGUCCCCAGGCUGCACAGAGGCAAGAGCAGUCAGGAGCAGGUCCUCUGCAGCCCUUCCUUCUCCCAGAUCAGAAGGAAGUGAUGCGUUAUCUCAACUACAAGAGAGAAGUUUCACCACUUCCCACCUGCUGUGGGAAAAGCACAGAUGUGAGAACAGAAGAUCAGAAAUCUCCAGAGGCUCCUGGCUGUCCCGCAUUCCUUCAGCAGUGCUCCUUGGAGUACAUCAGCACAGACAACCUGUCACUGCCAUCAGACAGUGACACCACACACCUGCCACUUGUCACUGCUGGGGGGAAACCCUGUGACCCACAGGAACCCCCGCCCUCCAGUGACUGCUCUUGCCUUGAGGUUUCUCCUGGGAAAUUUGGUGUCAUGCUCCCAUCUUCAGGCCAAAUAUCAGCCUCUCCUGAAACUCACCUGGAUGCCUUUGGAGACUACCUUGAUGUCCAUUCAGGUCUGCAUGGACCUUCAGAACUCUCAAAGAUUUCUUUGCCUUUCCAGCAGAAGGGAAGUGCUCUCUCUAAAGAGCAGCCAUUGUCUGAGGGUAAUCUGGUGGUGUUAAAUCCUGACAGCACAGAGCCAGUUUUCCUUUGCCAGAUUGGUGACUAUUGCUUCCACAGCCUGAAAUCCAGUGAGAAGACGUGUAUGAGUCAAGAAUACCCUCAAAUCAAGAAACCUUCAGGAGGCAGGACAGCACCUGGGAAACCUGUACCAGAUAAUGAAUUCACCACUGGCAAGGAAGGGGAUGCAUCAAAAAUGCAGGCCAUUCAGCUUUUCAAAAGCCUGAAAUCAGAUGAUUACUUCUCCUGGCAGCAAUCUUUGAGGAUCACAGAAAUCUGCUAAAGGAGCAAAUAUCAACCCUUAGCAAGGCUAAGAGUAGCUGAAAGAGGUGGCAGCUAUCUGAUAUAAACAAACUCUAUAAGCUAGGAGCAAACAAACAGAAAUUCCUUUUUCUGUCUUCCAGUGCAAUAUGUUGAGAGCCACAACCAAUCAAUAGCUUGAUCUCACCCUCAAUUACUUUUGCAAUUUUGUCAUGAAAGACCAUCCAAAUAUCAUCACUGUGAGAUAGCUCUUGUUUUCCUAGAUUCUUGGAUAAUCCACAAAGGACACUUCAGCCUUUUUAUGGUUCUGUAACUGGUUGAAAUCAUUUUACCAUUGCAUCAGACUGCCUGGAGCAAAACCUGUUGGAAGAAAUGCUGACUUGUACUUCUGAAAUGACAUCAGGUUGAAAGACAAUUGGAGACGUUUGUUAUAUAUGAUUGUUUCAAGUAAUUUUAUUAUCUUUUAUGUGUGUGUGAAAUAGAUCAAAGAGUCAUCAAGGACCUUUAAUUAUCUCCACCUUUUCACUACUAGCAUAGAUUAGGUAUCAUCUCAGAUGAAAAAUCGCCAGGCAGUUACAAAAGUGUAAAUGAAAGAUGAGAAAAAAUGGCCAAAGCCUAGGAAAAUUUUCUUAAUGUUAAGAUGUGCCAUAUCACAGUGUAUUCUAAGGAUCAGAAGGAAACAUUACUGAGAUACAUGAAAUAGGCUCUAGAGAACCAUAGGGAAGAUAUAUAUGUUACUAAAGGAAAGCCCAAGGACUCAUUCAGUACAGUGGGAGGAAGGGAAAGGGUCAAUAACAGAGUAUGAUGAGAGAAAGGCUGUGAAGGUGCAGAUGCCUGUAUCUGGUGGGGCCUUUCCGUUUCUCACCGUAUGACUUUACAUUCAUUGGCUGUUUAAGCACGAUGUAAUUCAUCUUAACCAUUUAAUGUGUUCUCUUUUUUUUGUUGUUGUUGUUUCUCAUAAGUUGCAUUGAAAAAGAGGAACCACUUUUUUACAUAUUCUGCUUCUGUAAAGAAAGUGUUACGAGACAAGAGCACAGAACUGCCAGUCUGUGAAAGGCUUUGGUUUUAGAUCUGAAGAUGGGCUUGCCAUUCCAAAUAUAUAUAUAAUAAUAUAUACAUACAUACAUACAUACAUAAAU